CCCAGUUCUAGCAAGGUGUACCUAAUAAAGUGGCCGCAAUGACAAAACACAGGAGGCUUGGAUGGCAAAAAAUAUUUCUGAUACUCACAGCACUUCCCUGCUGCUGGAGUAUGCAGGUUUCUAUUCCAGAGAGAGAAUAUGAGGUUGCAAGCGGGGGUGACAUUACCUUGACAUGUUCCUUCGUCCCAGCCAGACCAGACUUCAAAGCACUCGUCCUCACAUGGGAAGCUUACCCUUACAACAUCAAUGAUGCAAUUAAAUCCGUUGCCACCUACUUUUUAAACAAUCCAGUUGACAUUGCACCUGCUUAUGAAGGCAGAGCCUUUAUGGAGGUUGACAUCGUCAGACAAGUGAGCACACUCCGCUUAACAAAGGUGACCGUACAGGACAGCCGCCGUUACCGAUGCAGUGUUAAGGUCCCCAAUGAUGAUGAGGGAACAACAGCUGCCACCACUUCCCUUUUGGUCCUGGUGGCUCCCUCUACGCCAAUUUGCAAGAUUCAGGGAAAAGCAGAGUACUUUCAAAACAUCACCCUCACCUGCCUGUCUGAGGAGGGAUCCCCAAAACCUGUGUCUGAAUGGAGGAGCUACAGUGUGGACAAUACUCCCAGAACAUUUCCACCUAAGACAACCGAAACGGAUGGAGCUCUAUCUCUCUUCAAUAUUUCAAGAGAAAUGUCUGGGUUCUACAUUUGCACAUCAACAAAUCGAAUUGGUUCUGCCAGCUGUAACAUUACCUUAGCCGUGAUGCCUGGCAGCAUGAACGUUGGGUCUACUGCAGCUAUAAUUGGAGGAGUCCUCGCAGGUGUUGUAGUCCUGGGGAUUCUCAUCUUCUGUUGCUGCUGUAAAAAGGGCAAAAAGGAAAAGUAUGCUGAAGGUUCCCCCGGAGAAGUGGAGUUUUAUGACGACAAUGCUCCUGAAGCUGAGCAGUACUGGGACGACAAGUCAAACAGCAAGACAAAGCAGUUCGACCAGCAUGAAGAGAAAAACAUUGUUCCUCAAAACAGCUCCAGUAUAACAGCUGGACAUAAGUUUGAGGAGGACCAACACAGUUAUAUUAGUGGUAAAGAAAAGUAUGAUGGUAAGGACAGUGAUAUUGAGUCUCAACAUGACCAGGACGACCAGCGUGAUCUCCGUCGUGGAAGCCGUGAUCGUCUUGAUGAUCAACGUGACCGUUAUGGCGGCAGUCGUGAUCGCCUUGACGAUAAACGUGACCGUUAUGGCGGCAGUCGUGAUCGCCUUGACGAUAAACGUGACCGUUAUGGAGGCAGUCGUGAUAGGCUUGACGAUCAACGUGACCGUUAUGGCGACAGUCGUGACAGGCUUGACGAUCAACGUGACCGUUAUGGUGGAAGUCGUGAUAGGCUUGACGAUCAACGUGACCGUUAUGGCGACAGUCGUGACAGGCUUGACGAUCAACGUGACCGUUAUGGUGGCAGUCGUGACAGGCUUGAUGAGCAAUGCCAACGCUACGGUGGCAGUCGUGACAGGCUUGAUGAGCAACGCGGACGCUACGGUGGCAGUCGUGACAGGCUUGAUGAGCAACGCGGACGCUACGGUGGCAGUCGUGACAGGCUUGAUGAGCAACGCGAACGCUACGGUGGCAGUCGUGAUCGCCUUGAAGACCACAGCAAUCGCUAACGCAACAGUCGUGAUAAUCUUCUGAACUCAGUAAUAACUAUGGUGGCAGCCGUGAUCGCCUCAAUUACACAGACGAUGAAUACAGAAACUGAUAUGAAUAACCUUGUGUUACUGAAUGUUUCCUAAAAAUCUUUUUGUUUUCAUUUUUUUCAUGCACUUAAAGUUAUUGUACUGGGUUUUUGGAUUGGCUUAGUGUCUGGUCUCGUUAUAAAGAGACACAGCAAAAUUAAUUUGUGUAUCCUUGAAAAUGCCCUAAAAGAUAUUAAAGGUAUUUAAACAGUAACAUGGGGAACAUGGGAAAUUAGAAAUGAAGUCUUGUCUCUAAUAUAAGCCUGUCCCACAUAAAGGUCUGGUUCUCCCUCCUGCUGAGGUCAAUAAAGGCCACUGUUUGAGAA